AUGUCUCAGCCCCAGAAGAUUAGGCGCCCCUCGGUCACGGCCUCGGACCCGCCCACCACCAUCCCCAUUCCUUCAAACCCUCGUGGCCUCGUCGAGUCCGCGUUCAGCGCUACCUCGCCCACUCAGCACCUGUCCACCUCGCCCGGGGCCGCUGGCUCGUUUGGCGGUCGCUCCUUGAAGGCAUUUGGCUCCGCGCGCCAGCUCCAUGCCUUUCUUCCGGCCACCUUCCCCGCCUUCCCGGAGGAGGAGGGUACUGCCACCCCGCGUGCUGGCAAGAUCAAGAUUCUGCUCCUUGAGAACAUCUCGCUCGAGGCCGCCCAGUUCCUGAAGAACGCUGGUUACGAGGUCGACCAUUCCACCAAGGCGUUUUCUGAGCAGGAGCUCCUCGACAAGCUCCCAGCCUACCAUGCCGUCGGUAUCCGCUCCAAGACAAAGAUCACCGCCAAGGUCAUUGAGAAGUGCACUCAACUCCUUGCCAUCGGCUGCUUCUGCAUUGGCACCAACCAGGUCGACCUCGCAACCGCUGCCAAGCACGGUAUUGCCGUGUUCAACUCGCCGUUCUCCAACUCGCGCUCGGUCGCCGAGCUCGUCAUCUCGGAGAUCAUUGCCCUCUCGCGCCAGCUCGUUGACCGCGCCAGCGAGAUGCGCGCUGGCAUCUGGAACAAGGUGUCCAAGGCUUGCUGGGAGGUUCGUGGCAAGACCCUCGGCAUUGUUGGCUACGGCCACAUUGGCUCGCAGCUGUCGGUCCUAGCCGAGUCGUUCGGCAUGAACGUCAUCUACUACGAUGUCGUCCCCAUCAUGCCCCUUGGCACCGCGCGUCAGGUCGACACGCUUGAGCACCUCCUUCAGACCGCCGACUUUGUCACCCUUCACGUCCCCGAGAUCCCGGAUACAAUCGGCAUGAUGGGUCCCGCCGAGUUUGCUCAGAUGAAGGAGGGUGCCUUCCUCAUCAACAAUGCGCGUGGCAAGGUCGUCGACCUCCCUGCGCUUGCCGACGCGCUUGAGAGCCGCCACCUGGCUGGUGCCGCCGUCGACGUCUUCCCCAAGGAGCCCGGAUCCAACGGCCCCGGGUUCAGCGAGGACCUUGGUGACUUCAUCCCCCGCCUCCGCAAGCUGCCCAACCUCAUCAUGACUCCCCACAUUGGUGGCUCGACUGAGGAGGCGCAGCGCGCCAUCGGCAACGAGGUCGCCAACGCUCUGUCCCGCUUCCUCAACUACGGCACCUCGAUCGGCGCGGUCAACUUCCCUGAGGUUGACCUGCGCGCCAUCACGGCCGAUGACUCGCGCCACAUCCGUGUCUGCUACGUGCACAGGAACGAGCCCGGUGUCCUUCGCGCGAUCAACGCCAUUCUCGCCAACCACAACAUUGAGAAGCAGUUCUCGGACUCGAAGGGCGACGUCGCAUACCUCAUGGCAGACAUCAGCGGUGUUGGCCACGAGGAGGUGCGCGAGAUCUACGAGGCCAUUAACGGCACGCGCGCCAACAUCCUCACCCGUCUGUUGUACUAG